AUGUCGGAGAGUGAACUCGCCCCCAAGUUCGCUCCCUUCUUUUCCUUUGCUGGCAUUGCCGCUGCAAUGAUCUUCGGGUCAGCAGGAGCAGCUUAUGGCACAGCAAAGUCAGGCAUCGGUAUCGCCGGUGUGGGAACCUUCAGGUCUGACCUGAUUAUGAAGUCCCUUAUCCCCGUCGUCAUGUCCGGUAUCAUCGCAGUCUACGGUCUCGUUAUCGCAGUUCUCAUUGCCCAAGCUGUGGGCCCCGACACCAACAUGAGUUUGUACACGGGAUUCAUGCACCUCGCUGCUGGCACAUCCGUCGGACUUACAGGUGUGGCUGCUGGUUAUACGAUUGGAAUUGUGGGCGAUGCUGGUGUUCGAGCAUACAUGCAACAGUCUCGGGUUUACGUGGGAAUGAUUCUGAUUCUGAUUUUCGGUGAAGUACUUGGACUUUAUGGCUUGAUUGUUGGCUUGAUCCUGAACUCGAAGUCUUGA